AUACGAGUUUAUGCAGAGAGAAUUGAACACACUGAAUUCCCGUUACCUCGUGAUAUUGUACCAAACAAGAAGAAGUUAUUAAAUGAAGUGUCUAGCAUUGAGGGUGUUAAAAACAGAGCACUUCAUCACUUGAUACGAUCAGAAGCCAACCCAUUUGCUGAGGAAUUAAAAAAGUAUGAUGAACAAUUCAGAUCAAAUACAGACGAUAUUGACGACGAAACCAUAAAUGAAUACAAAAAAGUGGUUUCUAGAGCAAAGAUUAAAGAGUUGAAACGGGCAGAAGUAAUUUUGCUCACUUGUAACACAAGUUCUGGAUCUCUAAUAGAAAAACAUACCAACAUAAAACAGAUUAUUAUUGAUGAAGCAGCUAUGUGUACUGAACCAGAAUCAAUGAUUCCUAUCACCACUCAUCAUGCUAGAAAUAUUGUCUUAAUUGGUGAUCAUAAACAACUUCAACCUAUCAUAUUAGAAGAAAAGGCAAAACAUCUUGGUCUUCAAACAUCAUUAUUUGAAAGAUAUUCAGAGAAAUCUAGCAUGUUGGAAACACAAUAUCGAAUGCAUACUGGAAUAAUGGAAUUUCCCUCAGACAUGUUUUACGAUGGCAAGCUGAAAUGUGGUUCUGAAAAGCAACAAGAACCAGUGAAAUUAGAUAUUUGGCCAAAUGGAAAAGAUCAUCCUAUGGUUUUCUGUCACGUUGAAGGAACUGAAGAUGGCCUUACAGUAGCUACAGAAGAUGGUUCAGAGAUGUCCAAAUUUAAUCAAAUUGAAGCAGAAUUUGUAGUUAAUGCUGCCAUCAACUUAGUUAAUAACUAUGGUGUAAAUAAAAAAGAUAUUGUUAUUUUGUCCCAGUACAGAGCUCAAUGUGCCACUAUUAAAAGACUUUUUGAAGAAAAGAAAGUCAAAGAUAUGAUAGUUUUAACUGUAAUGGCUAGUCAAGGAAGUGAAUGGGAUUUUGUUAUAUUUUCGACUGUGAGAUCUCAACCUCAAGAUACGAUUGAAGAGUAUCCAUCUAAAAAAUGGAUGAGACUAAACCUAGGAUUUACCACUAAUGGUCACCAAAUUAAUGUAGCUUUAACACGAGCGAGAUGGGGCCAUAUAAUAAUUGGUAACAAACAUUUGCUAGGUUGUGGUCCAUUUUGGAAUACUUUGAUAAAGGGUUAUGGAAAUAAAAGCUUGGUUACUGACGCCAAUAGUUUCCAUUUAACGAGACACCCACAGACGAGAAAUACCGAAAUAGAAGAAGACGAGAAUCAACCUCCUAAAAACUAAUCCCUUGCCAUCAACGAAAUCACAACCAUCUAAUCAAUCCAUCCUCAACAACCCGAAUCAAUCAAAACCCAGCCGUCCAAGUCAACAAAACCCAUAAUGCAAAUGACUUAAACACUAUAUUAAAUUGAAAUAACCAGUCUAUGAUAUAGGUAAUAAAUUUUAAUUUUAAUUUGUUGUGAAAUGUAAUCAAUAUUUUUAGAUUAUUUAACUGGCACUUGUUUAAUGUUAAAGGUAUACUUCCUCUUAGGAUGACCAAAAAAAUUGAAAUUUGGAUCUUUGUUAAAAUGAAUCGUUGUUCAUCAG